CAGUGACGUGUGUAGAAAAGAGGAGGUCGGCCUACCUAUUUUAUUGAGCUUUUAUGCCCCCAGUAGUUUAACCGUUGAACGUCCAAAAAUAGACAUUGCUUCCCACAUACAGAGUAUUACAAGUUGGACCCAUUGUUAAUGGACCCAGUUUCAUACACCUUUGGAUGGCGAGCCGAGAAGAAUGGACCAGAACGUUUCACAGUGAUGUCAUCCUUAUAGCUGUUUGAGUCUCUGGGAGGUUACUAUGAUUAUUAUUAUCAUUAUAACUACGAGCCAUAGUUGAUGACCAUGAAGGUCAUUCCAUGUUCAGGGAGUCAACGCAUAACACUAAGUACCUGUUGUACGUCAGCAGGUCUUCGCACCUUAACCAAAAGACUCCGCACUAGUUUUGGCUUGUGAAUAUGUCGGCCACUUCAAGUGUGCACCAGGAGGAUAAAAAUGAGUUGGAACUUAGAGGUCUAUUUGACAUUCAAGACAGCCCAGAACAAUGUCCAACUGAGGAAGAAAAACUGAACAGUAACACAGAGACAUUAAUGAACUACCUGAAGAGCAACGUAGGAUCUGGUAUUCUUGGCAUGCCAUACGCAAUAUCUAAUGCAGGAAUAUUGGUUGGGACCCUUGCUGCUAUGGCACUGGGUAUGUUAACUACCCACUGUAUGCACCUGUUGGUAGGAGCCGCACAGAUCAUAUGUGACAGGCGACGUAUUUCGGAGGUGAAUUACGCUAACGCUGUGGAGAUGUCGUUUCAAGAUGGACCCGAGCCUCUCAGGCGGUUUUCCAAAGCAUCACGAAUUCUUGUGGAUAUUUUAAUCAUGAUUGCUCAGGUGGGAAUGUGUUCCGUGUACCUUGUCUUUAUACCGGAUCAUAUAAAACAGGUUAUAGAUAUAUUCGUGGAAGAUAACAUAUCACUGAAAUGGUAUCAAGUAAUAGUGGCGGGAAUUUUGGGCAUCUAUAUCUUCGUAAAGCACCUCAGAACGCUGGCUUACUUCUCAGUGGUUGGAAACAUAUUUACAGUGGUGUGCGUGGUGAUUAUCCUGCAAUAUACCUUUCGUAACUUAAAGCCUGUGGCUUCGUUACCCCUGUCGGCUGAUGUUUCGAAGUUACCAAUCUUCUUUGGAAUGUCAUUAUACGCAUAUGAAGGUAUUAACACGGUUUUACCGAUUAGAAACAAGAUGAAAAACAAGGAAGACCUCCUCCUGUGGAAUGGAGUCAUGACUCUGUCCAUGACCAUUUCUGUCUGUACUUUCACAGCCAUAGGGUUUUACGGAUACCUGUGUUUUGGAGAUAAUGUCAAAGGAAGCAUUUUGCUAAAUUUGCCAACAAAUGACUGGCUUUAUCUUUCAGUAAAACUUUUGUAUUGUGUGGUGAUUUUUAUUACCUAUGGACUGGAGUUUUACGUCCCUGUACAUGUAUUGUUGCCUUAUAUACCAUUCCCUACAAAGAAUAACACAUUUUGUGUGAAGCACGGCGAAACUAUCCUGAGAAUCUUGCUGCACUUACUUAGUCUUGCCAUAGCAAUGCUCAUUCCAAGCCUGGGUCUGGUCGUUUCAUUAUUCGGCGCCCUGGGUAGCGGCGCUUUGACUUUGGUAUUCCCUCCAAUCAUGCAGACGCUUACGUUAUGGCCCGACAGACUAGGGGCGUGUAAAUGGCAUUUAAUUAAAAACAUGUUCAUAUUCAUACUUGGAAUUACGGGGUGUAUAACAGGCACAUAUGUAGCGUUAACAAAUAUCAUUCAUUGUGGCCUAAAUCCAAAAGCCGAAGUUUGCUCUGCGUAAAAAAUAUUGUGGUAAAUUAUAAAAAAUGCUGUAUUUUCACCUUGAAAAUAAGCUCAACUUAAUAGUUAGAAAAAUUACUCUUCGUUAGAUCAGUCUCAUAUGUAAUUUUUUAAUAAAAUUUUUAAUAACUUUAUUUGAGUAAUUAUUUAUCUCAUGUUGUACUUUCAUCUGUUUGUGCGACGGACGUAGAAGUGGAAGCAGGACAUCGGCAGUGAUCAAACCCGUUUAACGUUGUAGUCAGGAUAUCCAAAGACAUGAAAAUGAAAAUAGUUUAAUUUUUUAUCAUUUCUUGUUGCUACUUUUAGGUGACUCAAUAGAGAACAAUAAAUGACAAAUUCAAAUUAAACUUCCACCAAGAAAAUCUAGUUUUAAAUUUGUACACAAUUCGUAGCCUGCAAGCAAUGUAGCCCUUGAAUAAACAGACUCUUAUGUGUCUUUUUAUCACGCGAUACACCAACAUCGCUUUCAGCUGUCUUUUAUUACAAACAAACUUUCUCGAAAAAAAAUAAAUAAAUAAGUGCACCGGAUAUUCUGAUAUGGUCGUGGCUAAAUGAUAUGUUGAACUAGAAUAUAUGAUAAGCGCCGUCUCUUAUGUACAUAUCAAAUGCCCCAUUUAAAUGAUAGGCCUAUUGUUCGGACGUGCUUCGCAUAAUGUCAUAGCAUUUUACAUGCUCCAUGAUGCUCAAGAAUAAUGGGAAAAGGAAGUAACGUUUUGCGGCGAUACCAUCUAUGAUAUUGAUAAGUCACACAUAUAAGAAGUUGGUUUGCCGACAUGUUAAACAAAACCGAGCGUCUGCUAAAAAUCAUUACGUUAAUCAAUACGUUGUAUGCCUCACCACAGUGCAGUGGAGAAAUAUGCAGCGUCUUCCACCCGGACAUUUUGGUCUAAAUUUACUGGCCUCGCAAUAUAGAGCAACUUACUGUGACGGAAUGUUAUCUCAACUGCUAUAAUUAAGCCACUUUGGGCCAGUGAUAAUUAAUCAGACUCAGCGUAGACAAG